AUGGCUAAUUUGUCUGUAAAUGCUGAAAUCAAUCCAAACAAGAGAGCAAGACAGGACAGUAGUGUUAUUCUCUCGGGUGAUCUCAGCAAACUGAACGAUUUACUAGACACCAUUUCAUCAGAUGAGAACUCUUUCAAACAAGCAGUCAAUCUUAUAAUUAACAAAGAAAACUUUAAAAGUGCACUUGCUGAAGUCUUUGUCUCAGAAAUUACGUCACUUCGUAAGGAAGUAAGCGAGCUCACAUUUAAGCUCGACGAAAUGGAGCAAUAUUCGAGACGAAAUUGUUUAAAAAUCACAGGUAUACCUGAGGAAAAGAAUGAAAACACAGACACAUUGGUUCUAAACGUUGUCAACAAUUUAAUUCUAAAAGACAAUAACGAGAAAAUUACAGUGAAAGACAUCUCAAGAUCUCAUAGAGUAGGAAAGUACAACUCCGGACAAAACAAACCACGAGAUAUCAUUGCUAAAUUUGCCAGUUACAGGGAGAGGGCCAGAGUGUAUGGAAAUAAGAGAAAUCUCAAAUCCUAUAACCAUAACCCAUCAAAGCAAACUGGCCCGAUCUACGUAAACGAAGCCCUGACUUCAAGACGAGCUGAGUUGUACGGAAAAACGCGUGAUCUCGUGAAAAAGAAAAAAGUGGACAGUUGCUGUACAUAUGACGGCCGUAUUUACGUUAAACUUCAUGGUCCAAAAGGGGAAAAAUUACCCAUAAACACAGUCGACGACCUGGAGCGUUUUCACCAUGAAGAAGACGAUGCUAUUUACAACGAAGGAGAACAGGUCCUGGCGUCGACGCCAAUAUCGUAAGAACAAUGUAAAAUACCUUGUUUUGAUUACAAACACGUCCACGUGUUCACAUCUUCGAGACGCUUAGAACUACAUCACAUCAGCGCUUUUGUACUACUUUCGUUUUCACUU